GCCGCGUUACCCACCUGAUCGGUAGUUCUAUUCUCUUUGUGGUAUUGAUUGUACUUUCAAAUAAGUACUACUAUUUAGUCUGUUUAGUAAUUUGAUUAAAAGCCUAACGUGAUAUCUUAAUUAUUGUUUUUCAAAAAACUUUUCCUAAAUAUAUAAAUCGUCAGACUGAUUGGUUUAUAAUUUAUUUCUGAACGAUAACUCACUUGAUGAUAAUCUUUUUCAGGUGGUUUGAUUAUACCCCACUGGGUGUUCCUGUUAAAGGUACACGUUUCCUUCCGACAAAACUGCCGAUACCGUCGGAAAAGUCAUAUAAUAUUCCUCCCCAUUUAAGAUUUACGCUAAGUGACCUUAUUGGAUGUGUUCAAUCAUGCAACCAAAAGUUGACGUGUGUCAUAGAUUUGACAUAUACAAAGUACUAUUCCACAAAGUUUCUCCAUGAAAAUAAUAUAAGUUACCAUAAAAUAUAUGUGGAAGGUCAUAAAAUCCCAGACUCAAAAAGUGUUGCACAAUUCAUUAAUCUGGUUAACGAAGAACGUAAACAAUCCCCAGAUGGUAUAAUUGCUGUACACUGCACACAUGGUGUAAACCGAACGGGUUACUUCAUUUGCAGAUAUCUUAUUGAUUUUAUGAAAAUGGAUCCAAAAGUUGCUCUUAGAGAAUUCGAAUACGCGCGUGGUCAUCCUGUUGAAAGGGAGAAUUAUAUUGAAGAUUUGUUGAAUUCCACUAGUAAAUUAAAGGUCGCGACGUUUGAAGAAAGCAAUAUGUGAAAAUAUGUACUUUGGCAUCAUUAUUCCACUUCAAUUUAUUGAAAACAAUAUCCAAGUGCUUUGGACUUCUACGUUAUUCCUAAAGCUACUGCUUGUUUUGUGAGAUAAGUAAUGAAAUAAUUAUUUUCUCUUUCCAUUAUCAUAUCUAAAACAAGUGGAGAAAAAACCUGAUAUUUUUUAAGGGUGUAAAAAAAUUACUACGGUCAAUAAAUUUAUUUUCUAUGAGUGUACAAUAAAAGACUUAAUCCUAUCUUAAUGAUCUCUUACCUUCAGCAUUAAAUGCUUUGGCUUUGAAUCGUGUUAAUAGUUACUACUAUUGAAAAUAAUCGCAAACAUACUAAAAUCUGUAAAAUUGCCUUGUAUUUUUUGCUGAUAGAUUUCAACUCUA